AGGCUCGCCCAGCAGCUCCGGGCGGCUCAUGCCAGGCUGCGGCCGGGGGGAGGCAGCUGCUGCCACCGCUUCUCCUUUGGCUGCUUCCCCUUCGCAGCUUUGCAAACAAGCGUCGGGCUUUGAUCGCCGCCGGGCGGCCCCACCCCCUCGCGUGCGCUGCGGUGCCCCCCCCCCCCACCCCGCUCCGUGACCGGGGGAAUGAACGGAAAAUGAGCGAAAAUGUCUGACAAAAUGUCCAGUUUUCUGUACAUCGGGGACAUCGUGUCCCUCUACGCGGAAGGCUCAGUCAACGGCUUCAUCAGCACCCUAGGGUUAGUGGAUGACAGAUGUGUGGUUCAGCCAGAGGCAGGUGACCUUGCCAACCCUCCUAAGAAGUUCAGAGAUUGCCUUUUCAAGGUGUGUCCUAUGAACCGAUAUUCUGCACAGAAGCAGUACUGGAAAGCUAAACAAGCCAAACAAGGAAACCAUACAGAAGCAGCCUUGCUUAAGAAACUACAACAUGCGGCAGAAAUGGAGCAGAAGCAGAAUGAAUGCGAGAACAGAAAGUUGUUGGGCGAAAUCGUAAAAUAUAGUAAUGUCAUACAGUUACUGCACAUAAAAAGCAACAAAUAUCUCACGGUUAAUAAGAGGUUACCAGCUCUCUUGGAGAAGAAUGCUAUGCGGGUGUCGCUGGAUGCUGCAGGGAAUGAGGGGUCCUGGUUUUACAUCCAGCCAUUUUGGAAGCUGAGGAGCGAAGGUGACAAUAUAGUUGUGGGAGACAAAGUUGUCCUGAUGCCAGUCAACGCGGGGCAGCCUCUGCAUGCCAGCAAUAUAGAGCUUCUAGAUAAUCCAGGCUGCAAAGAGGUAAAUGCUGUUAAUUGCAACACAAGCUGGAAAAUAACUUUAUUCAUGAAAUACAGUUGCUACAGAGAAGACGUUCUUAAAGGAGGGGAUGUUGUUAGACUCUUUCAUGCGGAACAAGAGAAGUUUCUGACCUGUGAUGAAUACGAGAAGAAACAACAUAUUUUCCUUCGUACAACAUUGCGUCAGUCAGCCACUUCUGCAACAAGUUCUAAAGCACUAUGGGAAAUAGAGGUUGUGCAUCAUGAUCCAUGCCGUGGAGGGGCAGGACAGUGGAAUAGCCUGUUUAGAUUUAAACAUCUAGCCACUGGGAACUACUUAGCUGCAGAGCUUAAUCCACACUAUCCAGAUGGGAAUACUGAAGGAAAGGUCAUGAGAGACAGCGACCUUCCUGCUUCAAAGAAGAAACGGCAAGCAGGGGAGAAGAUUAUGUAUACUUUGGUCUCUGUACCACAUGGAAAUGACAUCGCAUCUCUCUUUGAACUGGAUGCCACCACUCUUCAGAGAGCUGAUUGCCUGGUUCCAAGGAACUCUUAUGUUCGGCUGAGACACCUAUGCACUAAUACUUGGGUGACCAGUACUAGUAUUCCUAUAGAUACAGAAGAAGAGAGGCCAGUGAUGUUGAAGAUUGGGACUUGCCAAACAAAAGAAGACAAGGAAGCUUUUGCCAUUGUAUCGGUUCCUCUGUCUGAGGUCAGAGACUUGGAUUUUGCCAAUGAUGCCAACAAAGUUUUAGCAUCCACUGUUAAAAAGCUGGAGAAUGGAACAAUAACACAAAAUGAAAGGAGGUUUGUAACCAAGCUGUUAGAAGAUCUCAUUUUCUUUGUUGCUGAUGUGCCUAAUAAUGGGCAGGAAGUUUUGGAUGUGUUGAUCACCAAGCCAAACAGGGAAAGACAAAAAUUAAUGAGGGAACAAAAUAUAUUGGCUCAGAUAUUUGGGAUCCUCAAAGCUCCUUUUAAGGACAAAGGAGGAGAGGGAUCGAUGCUGAGACUUGAAGAUCUAGGAGACCAGAGAUAUGCUCCAUACAAAUACAUGUUAAGGCUAUGUUACAGAGUCAUCAGACAUUCCCAGCAAGACUAUAGGAAAAACCAGGAAUAUAUUGCUAAGAACUUCUGCAUCAUGCAGUCCCAGAUUGGUUAUGAUAUUCUGGCAGAAGACACCAUCACAGCUUUGUUGCACAACAACAGAAAACUACUUGAGAAACACAUCACGUCUAAAGAAAUAGAGACAUUUGUUAACUUACUCAGGAGGAAUCGAGAGCCAAGAUUCUUGGAUUAUCUAUCAGACCUGUGCGUUUCUAACACAACUGCCAUACCGGUAACUCAGGAACUCAUCUGUAAAUUUAUGCUGAGUCCAGGAAAUGCUGACAUCCUCAUCCAAACCAAGCUGGUUUCAAUGCAAAUAGACAAUCCCUUGGAAUGCUCCAUCAUCCCAGAGGAUAUUGAUGAGGAGGAGGUCUGGCUCUACUGGAUUGACAGCAAUAAGGAACCACAUGGCAAAGCUAUCAGGCAUCUGGCCCAGGAGGCUAAGGAAGGCACAAAGGCUGAUUUAGAAGUCCUUACCUAUUACAGGUACCAAUUAAACCUCUUUGCAAGGAUGUGCCUGGAUCGUCAGUAUCUAGCCAUAAACCAGAUUUCAACACAGCUCUCAGUAGACUUGAUCCUACGAUGUAUGUCUGAUGAAAGCCUCCCUUAUGACCUCCGGGCUUCUUUUUGCCGUCUUAUGCUGCACAUGCACGUUGACAGAGAUCCUCAGGAGUCAGUAGUACCCGUUAGAUAUGCCAGACUGUGGACUGAAAUUCCUACCAAGAUCACAAUCCAUGAGUAUGAUUCUUUCACAGACUCCUCGAGAAAUGACAUGAAGAGGAAAUUUGCUUUGACCAUGGAAUUUGUAGAAGAGUACUUGAAAGAAGUUGUAAAUCAGCCAUUUCCUUUUGGGAACAAAGAGAAAAACAAACUUACAUUUGAGGUGGUGCAUCUGGCUCGAAAUCUCAUAUACUUUGGCUUCUAUAGUUUUAGUGAGCUGCUCAGACUGACCAGGACACUGUUGGCUAUUCUAGAUAUUGUUCAGGGUCCUAUGUCGUCAUACUUUGAAAGACUAAGCAAAUUUCAGGAUGGAGGAAACAAUGUUAUGAGGACCAUCCAUGGUGUGGGAGAGAUGAUGACACAAAUGGUACUGAGCAGAGGAUCUAUCUUUCCCAUCAGCGUACCUGAUAUACAGCCAAGCCUCCACUCGAGCAAGCAGGCCAGCCCAGACAGUGAAGAUGUGACUGUGAUGGACACCAAAUUAAAAAUCAUUGAGAUCUUACAGUUUAUCCUUAGCGUUAGACUGGACUAUAGAAUAUCCUACAUGCUGUCUAUCUAUAAGAAAGAAUUUGGAGAAGACAGCGAGAAUGUUGAUAGCUCCACCAUCUCUCCACCAGACACACCAGGGCUUGCCUCAGCAGUUGUUCCUGACAUAGAUGAAAUUGCAGCUCAGGCCGAGACAAUGUUUGCUGGCAGAAAAGAAAAAAAUCCAGUGCAACUUGAUGACGAGGGGGGCAGAACAUUUCUACGAGUCCUCAUUCACCUUAUCAUGCAUGACUACCCUCCUUUGCUGUCAGGGGCCCUUCAGCUGCUAUUUAAGCAUUUCAGCCAAAGAGCAGAAGUUUUGCAAGCAUUUAAACAGGUCCAGUUACUGGUGUCUAAUCAGGAUGUGGACAACUACAAGCAAAUCAAAGCUGAUCUUGACCAGCUCCGACUGACUGUAGAAAAAUCUGAACUGUGGGUUGAAAAGAGCAGCAGCUACGAGAGUGGGGAGCUAGGUGACAGUCAGGCGAAAGGAGGUGAAGAACCAAUAGAGGAACCGAAUAUUUUAAGCCCAGUGCAGGAUGGGACCAAAACACCUCAGAUUGACAGCAAUAAGAGUAAUAAUUACAACAUUGUUAAGGAGAUUUUGAUUAGACUCAGCAAACUCUGUGUCCAGAAUAAAAAAUGUCGGAAUCAGCAGCAGCGAUUGCUGAAAAAUAUGGGAGCUCACUCGGUGGUGCUGGACCUCCUGCAGAUACCCUAUGAAAAGACCGAUGAAAAGAUGAAUGAAGUUAUGAAUCUAGCCCACACUUUCCUUCAGAAUUUCUGUAGAGGAAAUCCUCAGAAUCAAGUUCUCCUCCACAAAAACCUCAAUUUGUUCUUAACUCCUGGUCUGCUUGAAGCUGAAACCAUGCGGCAUGCCUUUAUGAACAAUUACCAUCUGUGCAAUGAAAUUAGCGAGAGAGUAGUGCAGCACUUCGUACACUGUAUAGAGACACAUGGCCGACACGUGGAGUACCUGCGUUUUCUGCAGACAAUUGUAAAAGCAGAUGGCAAAUAUGUGAAGAAAUGCCAGGAUAUGGUAAUGACAGAGCUGAUCAAUGGAGGUGAAGAUGUGUUGAUAUUUUACAACGAUAGAGCAUCAUUUCCAGUCCUCCUACAAAUGAUGUGCUCAGAGCGAGACCGAGCAGAUGAGAGUGGACCCUUAGCCUACCACGUCACGCUUGUGGAACUGCUAGCAGCAUGUACCGAAGGAAAGAAUGUAUAUACGGAGAUCAAGUGCAAUUCACUCCUGCCACUGGAUGACAUAGUGAGAGUGGUAACCCAUGAUGACUGCAUACCAGAGGUGAAGAUUGCAUAUGUGAACUUUGUUAAUCACUGUUAUGUGGACACUGAGGUGGAAAUGAAGGAAAUCUAUGCUAGUAACCACAUUUGGAAAUUAUUUGAGAACUUCCUUGUUGAUAUGGCAAGGGUUUGCAACACAACUACAGACCGGAAACAUGCAGACACAUCUUUGGAGAAGUAUGUCACUGAACCAGUAAUGAACAUUGUGAGUGGCUUCUUCAGUUCUCCAUUUUCAGAUAACAGCACCAGCCUCCAGACACAUCAGCCAGUUUUUAUCCAACUGCUUCAGUCUGCUUUUAGAAUUUACAACUGUACCUGGCCAAACCCUGCACAGAAAGCCUCGGUGGAGUCAUGUAUCAAAACUUUGGCCGAAGUGGCAAAGAACCGUGGGAUUGCAAUUCCGGUGGAUUUAGACAGCCAGGUAAAUACCCUGUUCAUGAAGAGUCAUUCCAACAUGGUGCAGAGAGCGGCCAUGGGAUGGAGAAUGUCUGCCCGCAGUGGACCUCGUUUUAAGGAAGCUCUUGGAGGGCCUGCCUGGGAUUACAGGAAUAUCAUUGAAAAACUGCAGGAUGUAGUCUCCUCCUUGGAACAGCAGUUCACCCCCAUGAUGCAGGCUGAAUUCUCAGUGUUGGUGGAUGUAUUACAUAGCCCUGAACUUCUGUUUCCUGAGGGGAGUGAUGCAAGAAUAAGAUGUGGUGCUUUCUUGUCCAAGUUAAUUAAUCACACAAAGAAGCUAAUGGAGAAAGAAGAAAAGCUUUGCAUUAAAAUUCUUCAGACAUUACGGGAAAUGCUGGACAAGAAAGACAGCUUUGCGGAAGAGGGCAACACUCUAAGGAAAAUACUUCUAAAUCGUUACUUUAAAGGAGACUAUGGAAGUGGUAUGAAUGGGCCUCUGUCCGGCAGCUACAGCAAAACUGCACAAGUGGGAGGUGGCUUUUCAGGACAAGAUUUAGAUAAGUCUGGGAUAUUGAUGUCUGAUAUUCAGUGCCUUCUGGAUAAAGAAGGUGCAUCGGAACUAGUCAUAGAUGUUAUCGUAAGCACCAAAAAUGACAGAAUUUUCUCAGAAGCCAUCUUACUUGGUAUUGCAUUGCUUGAAGGUGGAAAUACACAAACACAGUAUUCCACUUACCAGCAAUUGAACGAACAAAAGAAGUCAGAAAAAUUCUUUAAAGUUCUGCAUGACCGCAUGAAAAUUGCUCAGCAGGAAAUACGAUCAACAGUGACAGUCAACACUAUUGAUUUGGGUAGCAAGAAGAAGGAUGAUGAUAGUGACCUAACCAUUUCUGCUCCAAAAAAGAGAGUAAGGGAUUCAACACUGCACCUGAAACAAGGUAUGAAGGGGCAGUUAACAGAAGCGUCUUCUGCGACAUCCAAAGCUUACUCUGUGUAUAGAAGAGAAAUGGACCCAGAAAUAGAUCUCAUGGGCUCAGGAACAGAUGCUACAAACACAGAAGAAAAGUCCACAGAGGAAGCAACAAUGAGCCCUGCUAUCGCAAUCAUGCAGCCGAUACUGAGAUUUCUUCAGUUGCUGUGUGAGAACCAUAACCGAGAGCUCCAGACCUUCUUAAGAAAUCAGAACAACAAAACAAAUUACAAUCUAGUGUGUGAGACUCUCCAGUUCUUGGACUGCAUUUGUGGAAGCACGACAGGCGGCCUGGGCCUCUUGGGGCUAUACAUCAAUGAGAAGAAUGUAGUUCUGGUGAACCAAACCCUCGAGAGCUUGACUGAAUACUGUCAAGGCCCCUGUCAUGAAAAUCAGAGCUGCAUUGCUACCCAUGAGUCUAAUGGAAUUGAUAUUAUAAUUGCACUGAUCCUGAAUGACAUAAACCCUCUUGGCAAAUAUUGCAUGGACCUGGUGCUUCAGCUAAAGAACAAUGCCUCUAAGCUUCUGCUGGCUAUUAUGGAAAGCAGGCAUGACAGUGAGAAUGCAGAAAGAAUCCUUUUUAAUAUGAGACCAAGGGAACUGGUGGAUGUAAUGAAGAAUGCAUAUAAUCAGGCUCUAGAAUGUGAUGAGGAGGAGGAGAAUGGAGAUAAUAUUUCACCAAAAGACGUUGGCCACAAUAUAUACAUACUGGCACAUCAGUUGGCUCGCCAGAAUAAAACAUUGCAGCAGAUGCUGAAGCCAGGGUCUGAUCCAGAUGAAGGAGAUGAAGCCUUGAAGUACUAUGCCAAUCACACAGCACAGAUUGAGAUUGUCCGUCAUGAUAGAACCAUGGAACAAAUAGUCUUCCCUGUCCCCAAUAUCUGUGAAUUCCUCACUCGAGAAUCCAAAAGUCGUGUAUUUAAUACAACUGAGAGAGAUGAACAAGGGAGCAAAGUGAAUGACUUUUUCCAACAGACAGAAGAUCUGUACAAUGAAAUGAAGUGGCAGAAGAAAAUUAGGAAUAACCCAGCCCUGUUCUGGUUCUCCAGACACAUCUCCCUCUGGGGGACCAUUUCCUUCAACCUGGCUGUAUUCAUCAAUUUAGCAGUUGCUCUCUUCUACCCCUUUGGAGAUGAUGGAGAUGAAGGCACACUUUCUCCAUUGUUUUCAGUCCUCCUUUGGAUAGCAGUGGCAGUCUGUACAGCUAUGUUGUUUUUCUUCUCCAAGCCUGUUGGUAUCCGACCCUUUUUAGUGUCUGUAAUUCUCAGGUCUAUAUACACAAUAGGACUUGGGCCUACGUUGAUACUUCUCGGUGCUGCUAAUCUUUGUAACAAAAUAGUAUUUCUGGUGAGCUUUGUUGGAAACCGUGGUACAUUCACUCGAGGCUACAGAGCCGUCGUUAUGGACAUGGCCUUUCUCUACCACGUAGCGUACGUCCUGGUCUGCAUGCUGGGCCUCUGUGUGCAUGAAUUCUUCUAUAGUUUCCUGCUGUUUGAUUUGGUGUACAGAGAGGAGACUUUGCUCAAUGUCAUAAAAAGUGUUACCCGAAAUGGCCGCUCCAUUAUCCUUACUGCAGUGCUAGCUCUCAUCCUGGUCUACCUCUUCUCCAUUGUUGGGUUCCUGUUUUUGAAGGAUGACUUCAUCAUGGAGGUGGACCGGUUGAAAAACAGAACACCUAUUGCAGGUAUUGGUGAAGUUCCUACCACAACUCUAACGUCCAUGAUGGAAACAUGUGCAAAAGAAAAUUGCUCUACUGCCCUACCUAUUACCAACCCAGGUGAGGAAGAAAAGGAGAAUGGAAUUGAGAGGACCUGUGACACUCUGCUAAUGUGCAUCGUUACAGUAUUAAACCAAGGCCUGAGAAAUGGCGGUGGUGUGGGGGAUGUGCUAAGAAAGCCUUCCAAAGACGAGCCCUUGUUUGCUGCCCGAGUUGUUUAUGAUCUUCUAUUUUAUUUCAUUGUCAUAAUUAUUGUUCUGAACCUCAUCUUUGGAGUCAUCAUUGAUACAUUUGCUGACCUUAGGAGUGAAAAACAGAAGAAAGAGGAAAUCUUAAAGACGACCUGUUUUAUUUGUGGACUUGAGAGAGACAAGUUUGACAAUAAGACCGUUUCAUUUGAGGAGCACAUAAAGUCAGAACACAACAUGUGGCAUUAUUUGUACUUUAUCGUUCUGGUCAAAGUGAAAGACCCAACCGAAUACACUGGUCCUGAAAGUUAUGUGGCUCAAAUGAUUGUGGAGAAGAAUUUGGACUGGUUCCCUCGAAUGCGAGCCAUGUCCCUGGUUAGCAGUGAAGGUGACAAUGAGCAAAAUGAAAUUAGAAACCUGCAAGAAAAGUUGGAGUCAACCAUGAGUCUUGUAAAACAACUGUCUGGUCAGCUUGCUGAGCUCAAGGAACAGAUGACAGAACAAAGAAAAAAUAAGCAGAGGCUGGGCUUUCUUGGAUCAAACACACCCCUUGUGAAUCAUCACAUGCCACCACACUGAUACCAUGGGGAGAAGCCGUGACUAGCCUUUCAUCGGUAUUCCUGCUUGAUUACAGAAUAAAAAGCUGAAAUUGAGAGGAGUGAACAGUGCCUAUUGUUGCAAAGUUAAAAACAACCAAGUGCCAAGAUGUUAAGUGGUUUAGCUCUGGGAACAAUUUGUAACUGUUUUUCAUGGUUGAAAGGGACCAAAUCCUAGAAUGCAAGAAAUACAAGGGAGUUCUUCUGUAUUCAUUCUGCGGGCUAAACUCUGCUGGGUUUACAUUCUGCAACUCAGUUGGCUGCACUGGGGACUGUAUACAAUGCAAAUCAGGGCAUUAUUUGGCUCUGUUCUUAAAGUUAAUUUAAGAUUUCUUCUCAAAGUAAUGGAAUAACCAAGGUGCGGGGGAGGAGGAAUAGUUUACCACCACAAAUGCAGCAGCCUCUCUCAGAAUCAAUAGAAGUUAUUUCUUGUUUUAUUUACCAAAUAGCAACAUCUGUUAUAUUUGCUUGUAUUUACUUUUUUUUUUUUUUUAAUAUUACCAUAAAUACAUCAGCAGGAGCUGUUAUAACAUCACUGCAAGUUAAACUUCUGUUAGAGGCAAAAAAACUCUAUGCUUAGACAAAAAAAAAGCGGCAAAGAGAAACAUUAGUGCUUUUGAAUUUUAACUGUCAUCAUGCAAUUUCUUAUUUAUGACAUGGAGCACAAUGGAUUUACAGCUGUGGGAACUUGGAAUUAAUGCACAGAACAGUGACAACAUAACUAGAAGUGAUUUUUCUCCUGGAGUCAGAUGUUCUCUAUUAAUGUAGCUGCAAGUGGAGAUUUCACAUAUUAUGAUGUUAAAUCAUGUUUUAAAUUCAAGCUUGAAAAAGGAUUUAGAACAAAAUGUAUUUUAAAAUUUGUAUUGAGGUGACUUUUUUUGGUAAGAAGCUUAAAAAUGACUACCUAGAAGGAAUUGUAAUGGUGUCGUUACCUUCCAUAAACACACCGUAGGCACUAUUUGACAUAAGUAAAUUAGGGCCAUAUCCUGCUAUCUUUACUCAGUCCUAGUUUCAGUGGGAAUGUGGCCUGAAUUAUAGAUCUGUUCCUGCUUGCCCUUCGUGCAUGGAACUCCCAUUGAUGUCAAUGGAAGAUAGGGUGACCAGAUGUCCCGAUUUUAUAGGGACAGUCCCAAUUUUUGGGUCUUUUUCUUAUAGGCUCCUAUUACCCCCCACCCCCUGUCCCAAUUUUUCCCACACUUGCUGUCUGGUCACCCUGGAGGAAGAUGCUCUUGUUGGAUUGGGCCCUCAAAACAGGACUGUAGUGUCCAGCUGCAAGAUUGCACUUUUCAGCUAUAUUAUUCUAGCUGUUUGAAAGUUACAAGGUUUGUUAAACUCCAAGAGACUUUUAGCCUUAGGGGGAGGUUUUCAAGGUACAAAUGGGAGUGGGGGACUUAAAUCCCUUUGAAAAUCAGUAGGCAUUAGGAUCUAACUGCCCUUUGUGCCUUUGAAAAGUCUCUCCUUUAAUUUUUAAGAGCAGGGUAUUUAGCAGGCAUCAGUAAGGGAUUUAAAGAGGCAUUCAUUAGAGCUGCUUGGGAAAUAAUUUCUCUGCCCCCCUCCCCAAAAAAUUUCAGGGGCAAAAAAGGAAAAAUCAAUCAAAAAUUAAUGUCAAAAAAGACUUACGGUUUUCAAUCACUGACAAGCCAAAAAAGUUAAUUUUUAAAGCAGAAAUGGAUUUUUCUAGUUUUCAUUAAAAAGUCUUUUUUUUGGUCAAAAAGUUUGAUCAGUUUUUAACUAGCUCCAAUAUUCAUUUUAAAAAAUGGGUAAAUGUUACUGUUAUAAAAGCAAGUCAGGUGAGAACUGGCAGGACUGGAAAAAAAGAUGGGACUUCUCUCUCCUCUAAUUACACACACACACGCACCCUUUUAUGGCUGUUCCUGGAAGCCAGAUCUUUCACAUGGGAUAAAGGGAAAUUUUAGGGCCUCCGUUACAAAAAGGGAGCUCUGUAUGUGUCUAACACUUUGACACUCUACGGGUCCUGACACGGGCUUAAUUCGGAGAGGCACUAAACACAGCUCAAUCCUGGAAGUGUAUUUCCCUAUCAGAAAUGCAGAUCCCAACUUGAGCCUAGUCUGUGCGCAGUGGUAUCCACAUGUGUGUUACACACAAUGUGUCCCAUUGUGUCCCACUCUACAUGAAUGAGCAGGAUCUACAGGGGUGAAGUUUACCUUCUUCGGAGAUCCUCAGACUAUACAGCUAGGAGUUUGCAUCUUAUGAUCGAUCCAUAAGGCCACAAACCCCUCACCCUGAGGAGAGCGCAAUAGAAGCUCCAUGAGGGGAGCCUCUUUUCCCUUCUGAGAGGCUUCAAACAUGGAAUAGUAUGAUUUGGGCUUCACUAAUUAAAACUGAUGAACCUCUAAGGCUUGUACAAGUAACAUGCUAGAGCCCUACACCGGGGUUUGUAGCCUCCAAUAUGGCUGUCGUGGUGCAAACAACUAGAGUAGAUGCAGUGGACCAGUGUAAACCAUGACUUGCUUGAAACCAAGAUAAGCUGCACCAGGGUCAGUUGUGGUUUACACCACUGGAUUGCAUUUGUACUGAGGCCUGGUGUGCACUAGAAAAUUAGGUCAGUUUAACUACCACAGUCAGGGAUGGGAAAGGUCCACACCCCUGGGCAGCAUUGUCAAGCCAACCUAAGUCCCUGUCUAGACAGCACUAGGUUGAUGGAAGAAUUCUUCCAUUGGCGUAGCUACCGCCUCUCAGGGAGGUAGAUUACCUACACCGACAGGAGAACCUCUCCUGUCAGCAUAGGGAAUGCCUUUACACUGAAGCACUGCAGCAGCGCCGCUGUAGCAUUUUAAGUGUAGACGUACAAUCUCUUGGGCUAUGUCUACACUAGCACUGUUGUUGGUGAAACGUAUGUGGCUCAGGGGUGUGGGGGAAAAACAAAAACACCCUCCCAACUGACAGAAGUGCCAGUGGACAGCGCUAUGUCAGUGGGAGACGCUUUCCUGCUGACAUCGCUGCCGCUGCUCAUUGGGGUGGUUUAAUUGUGUCGACAGGAGAGUUCUCUCCUGUCGGCAUAGAGCGGCUACAUGGGAGGUCUUACAGCAACACAGCUACAUCGGUACAGCUGUGCCACUGUAAGGUCUGUAGUGUAGACAUGGCCUUAGGGUAUCGCUUCAGCUACACUGAUGCAGCUACAUCAGUGGCUGAAACCAAAAUUUAGAUAAGGCCAGAUUUUCCUCUUCUCACUUUCCCUGGUGUAAAUAAUGAAGUCAGUGGAGUUAUAGUUGUAAGACUGGUAUAAGUUAGAGAAUCCCACCAUAUCAUUUUUAAUUCACUUUAGAUUUGAUAAACUGUAUAAAGUAGUCAAGUCUAUUUCAAUAUCAAUUCCUUCUUACUUUAUAUGGCUGAGUGUAACAUUUAUUGGAAUUAAAACACAUUUAUGAUUAUUCUUUGGGGGGGGGAGUGGGAUAAUACUGGAAGUAGCUGGCACUUGUUUACAGUUAGAAAACCAACCAAAUGAUUGCACAAGAAGGGAGGUUUUUUCUGUAUGAGCUGGAAAACUUGAGAACAGACUUAUUUGUGCACUAAAUUCCUGAUUGCAGUUCCAAGCUGCAAGCGCUCUCUCUACCCUCAAUCCCCACUAACAUUUCCCUUCCUCACAAGAACUCAUCUAUUACAGCACUGCUGUUUAGAGGAGAUCUAAAACUGGAAAAGAAAAAAAAAAAAAAAGGAGUUGUAAUAGACACCAGCUAAUGUUUGCCCCAGUGCCUUUCUGAUGUUUAUUGCUUCUGAGACAGACCUCCUUAAUCAAUAAGAGUAGAAAAUGCUACUUGCACAGAUUGUAAAUACUUGUGUUUGACAUGCUUACUACUUCUGCUGGAAGGUCACUGCAGCCCCUACUCACAUGAGUAAUCCUUACACAGGCAAGUAGUCCCAUUAACUUCAACGGGGGACACUUACGUGAUUAACAAUUGCAGGACCAAUUUCCAGGCCUUUAAGGGUUCAAAAAACCAACCACCCCUCAUUGAUGAAUUCAUGGAAGAUAAUGGGGUGGGGGGAAAAAUCACUUUUCUACACAUUUGUAUGUAUAUCUUUGUUUAAUGAAGCCAAGAUGUCCUAUUCCUAUGCAAGUAUCAAUAACAUAUUUAUACAAAAUGAUUGAAACUAUAAACAUCUAUGAACUUUCAAUGCCUUAGAGGGAAUAGCUAAGCUAUUUGACAAUUAAAAUCUAUGUAAGUCCAUUGCUGCUGACUAACUUUUUUUAUUAAAAGUUGUCAUUUUAUACA